AUGCAUGCAGCUCUUGGAAGUGAGGCCGAGAAAGCAGCUUUAGGGGACAACUGGGAUCGAGAUAACACUUGUAAUCAGUAUAUUUCUUUUCCCAGGAAUUGGCAAGCUCUCGCAGUUCUCUUCCAUGGCGAAACAGCAAGAAGACCACAAAUCUCCAAGAACGAUGAUGAAACAGAGAAGGUUUUUUUUAGCGCGAAACUUAGACAGUUGGAAGCAAGGAGAAAGCAGAAGAGCGAACAAAAAAGGCUUCUUGAUAUCUCUGUGACCCAUAAGGAACAAAAGAAGCUAGAGUUGAAAGAAAGAUUGGCUCUAGAGGCUACAGAGCUUGCAAAGAAGGAGGCUUUGAAGGACGACCGUGAUGCUUUCACUGUUGUUAUCGGAAGCAAGACCGAGGACACUGAGGCGGAUGCGAAUGUUAAAGAUAUAUCGAUCGUUUCUUUCUCUGUUUAUGCGAAUGUAUCUCUCAAGAUAUCACAUGGAAAAAGGUAUGGAUUGGUUGGACCGAAUGGGAAGGGGAAGUCUACGCUGUUGAAGCUUUUAGCAUGGAGGAUGAUCCCAGUUCCGAAGAAUAUUGAUCUUCUUCUUGUUGAGCAAGAAGUUGUCGGUGACGAAAAGAGUGCUCUGAAUGCAGUUGUUAAAGCAGCUAAGAAGUCUGGAAACAUGGCUCAACAGGAGAAGGUAAAGGAGAGGGCCAAUUUUGCAGCAGCGAAAGAAGCAUCCAAGUUUAAGGCAAAGGGUAAAGCGAUGGAUGAGGAGGGACCAUCAGGAGAAGCUCCUAGAAAGUGCAGUGAUUAUACCGUGGAGUUUCAUUUUCCAGAACCAACCGAGCUCACUCCUCCCCUGUUGCAGUUGAUUGAGGUGAGCUUCUGCUACCCCAAUAGGCCAGAUUUCAGGCUCUCAGAUGUUGAUGUAGGUAUCGAUAUGGGUACACGGGUCGCGAUAGUCGGGCCUAACGGAGCUGGAAAAUCCACUCUUUUGAAUCUUCUUGCGGGGGAUUUAGUUCCAACAGAGGGUGAAGUGAGAAGAAGUCAGAAGCUGAGGAUUGGCAGGUAUUCUCAGCACUUUGUUGACCUGUUAACAAUGGGGGAAACACCGGUGCAGUAUCUUCUUCGUCUUCAUCCAGAGCAAGAGGGAUUUAGCAAGCAAGAAAGGGUGCGUGCGAAGCUUGGCAAGUUUGGGCUACCAAGUCACAACCACUUAACUCCAAUUGCGAAAUUGUCUGGAGGACAAAAGGCUAGAGUUGUGUUCAGCUCAAUCUCAAUGUCGAAACAAAUCACUUAG